ACUUACUAUGUAUGUAGUAUGUACCUUGUACCUACCCAGGCUGCACCUGCCUGACGUUUAUCUGUUAGUAGAGCUCAAACUCCGAUUCUAAGCAAUCGCAAUUGCACCUUGCACCUUGCACCUUAAUUCAUUACUUCCAAUCCACAACCUUAAAGCUGUUCCCAAAUUUAUUUCUUCCCUCAGCCUCAUACGACCGUCAACAUCCUAAUUUCCACAUAUCACCUACGAAAUAGUCCCAACGCAGAAACAUCGCCAAGAUGCCGUUGCAAGCAGUGAUGAUAGUUGUGGACAACAGCGAAAGCAGCCGAAAUGGAGAUUACCAACCGUCGCGAUUCGACGCCCAAGCCGAUGCUAUAAAUAUCAUGUUCGAGAGUAUCACCCAGUCCAACCCAGAGUCUUCCGUUGGUUUGAUGAGCAUGGGUGGCAAGGGGCCCGAGGUCCUGUCGACUUUGACAACGGAACGAGGCAAGUUGCUCGAUGGCCUGCACCGAACGAAGAAGAAGAUCUCGGGCUCUUCCCAUCUCGCAACCGGUAUCCAAAUCGCUAGUCUAGCACUCAAGCAUCGACAAAACAAGUCUCAACGUCAGCGCAUCAUCGUUUUCGUGUGCUCUCCAGUGGCCGAUGACGAAAAGAAGCUUGUUUCUUUAGCUAAGAAGAUGAAGAAGGGCAACAUCGAUAUCGACUUCGUCCUAUUCGGCGAUCUAGAUGACGAUGACGUACAGAAGAAGCUCGAGGCUUUCAACAAUGCGGUUAAGACUAACGAGAACUCACACCUUGUUGUUAUACCACCUAGUGGAAAACUUCUAAGCGACCAGCUCAUUACUACACCUAUUCUACUUGGCGAAGGCGCUGCUGGUGGUUCAGGUGGCAUGGCCGAAGGCGGUGGUGACUUCGGCGAUUUCGACUUCGACCCUAGCGCGGAUCCGGAAUUGGCCCUCGCAUUGCGCAUGAGUAUGGAGGAAGAAAAUGCCAGACAGGCCAAGCAGGCCAGGGAAAACGAAGAGGCUGCCUCAAAGACGAAUUUGGAGGGCAUCCAGGAAGAGGGUGAGAACCAGCCCUUGCUAAACGAGCAGGGAGAGCCUAGUGGAAGCGGAUCUUCCAAGGACAACAAGAAAGGCGACGACGAUAAAAUGGACACGUCUUAG